CACAAGCAAAUUAUUCUCAACAUUUGUCCGGAGAAAUCAGUCCAAUUUUGCUAGAAGAGGUGAAAAGAUGAUUUGUACGAUAAAUAGAGGAAGAUGUGUUCAAAUUUUUGUGGCUGCAAUUGCGUGCUUUACGGAAUUUCUUGCUGGUAUCUACACAGCAUGGACAUCCCCAAUGAUCACAUUAUUCCUGUCGGAUGAAACUCCCCUCGAGAGUGGUCCAAUGACAAAGGAACAGGUAUCCCUGAUGACAUCCUUGCUGUAUAUCGGUGCCAUUCUUGGUUCCUUCUCAGCAGGAUGGUUGGCAAAUGCAAUUGGGAGGAAGUGGAGUCUCAUCAUUUCCAUGAUGUCUCAACUUAUUGGAAAUUCCUUAAUUAUCUUCGCAAAAACUCCCCUUCUUCUCUUUAUCUCAAGAAUAUUUAGUGGAUUCAUCACAGGUGCUACAUUUGUCAUUCUACCCAUUUUUAUAGCUGAAAUUACUCAAAAAAGUCUAAGGACAACUCUUGGGAACUUUUUUGGUCUUAGUUGCAACAUUGGCCAUUUGGUAGGGAAAGGAUUGACAACAUUUGGAUUCUACGUUGUCCCUUCUAUCUCAAUUGGGAGCGCUGUUAUCUUCAUUGGAUGCUUCUUGAUGUUCCCAGAUACACCGGAAUAUCUUCUUUUGCGAAAUAGGUCAGAAGAUGCGGAGAAAUCUCUCAAAUUCUACCGAGGUGUGGGUAAGGAUCAACCAUUUCCGGUGGAAACUGCUUCGGAAUUUGAUGAUAUGAAGAAGGUAAUCAGUCUUCGGAAUCCCAACAGCAAGAUUACCAUCAAAGACUUCAAGGACCCAACAACCAUCCUGGCCAUCAUUAUAACCUUCGUUAUGACGAGCAAUAUAAACUUCACGGGAAUUCGCCUCACAACAGCCUUUACAGCAUCUAUGCUCAAUGAUGCCGCUAUCCCAGUUGAUGUCUCCUUGACGGACAACAUUAUCUGCGUUUUACAAGUUAUUGGAUGCAUGGCAGCUAUUUAUGUUAUUCGAUUUUUCAAAGUUCGUCGAUCUUUCUUGUUCUUUUACCUUGCUAGCAUUGUGAGUUUCUUCGGUGCAGCUGCUCAUUACUUUCUUCACGAAAAUGAUUUCGAUAUGAUUCCUUACACGUGGUCUUUUGUCACCUGUAUUGUCCUUGUUGUUGUUAUCCCUUCCAUUGCCAUUAAUAAUCUCUCCAUGAGUACCUCCUCGCAGGUUCUUCCAGUUAAAAUUCGUGGUUCAGUGUUAGGGUUCCUCAAUAUUCUAGGUCUCGUUGUGGCCUUCUUCACAGUACAGUACUACCUCUAUUUAGUGGAUACAAUUGGGAAUUCCAUGGUUAUGUCUGCCAUGGGUUUAUGGUGCCUUUUUGGUGCUAUUUUCAUAUUUAUCUUUCUUCCUGAGCUACAUAAUAAAAGCUACAGUGACAUCGUGAAUUCACUCAGAUGUAGACUACCAGGAAGAUUUAAUUGUGCACCAUCGCAAGAUAUUACUUCAUCAAUAUAAUUUUUAAUUUGAUUUUUAAUAAAUAAUUUUUUAGCUUAUUGAUUCUUCAUAAAAAUGCAUUAAAAUCAUCUAAAUAUAAAAUGAUUAAUUAUAAGAAUUGAAACAUAGAAUAAUUAGGUAGGUAUGUUUAAUUUUUUCCGGGUAUUCACAUUACUUAUUUGCAAUAAAAAUUUCUCUGGCUUUUGCUUAUUUUAUCGUGGUGAGAAUUUUUCAAUUCGCCACAGUACAAUUGGAUUCACUUAACCCUCGCGUAUAGCAUAAUCAUUCAAUUUUAUGAAGAUAUCUUCGAUAAUAAAUUAUGAAAUAGGUGGGUAUAUAUACCUACUAUAGCACCUGAAAUCGAUAAUUUCUGCAUUUUUACAACAACAAAAAAACAUUUUCACAUUAUGCAAUGUGUGUGCACACAUAUUAUUUUUGUGAAUAUUUAAUUAUACUUCCAUGCGCGUCUCUCGCAUAACUUUAAUAACACCCCUUUGCGCAUGCAUCUGCGAUAUGGGAGAUUUAACAAGGAAAUAUGUGUGUCCAUCCAGUGAGAAAUGCGUGAAGAUGAAAAAAAAAGAAGUUGGCUGCCUCUCAAUACUUCACAUUGAUGCACUUACGCACAGCAUUUAGAGACAAUUUAUGUGAUUACACGGCGCUGUCUUCUCAAUAUCAUAUAACACAUUUAUUCACAAUUUUAUUGCACAAUAAAUCACAACGA